AUGUCUUCCCGGCCGAGAUUGCUUUCGCUCGACGCCUUUGCGAAAACUGUUGAAGACGCGCGCGUGAAAACCGCGUCUGGUGGAGUCAUCACCUUGGUGUGCGUGCUAAUUGUGCUCUUUUUGAUUCGCAAUGAGUAUUCCGACUACAUGCUGGUGGUUGUUCGACCCGAGUUGGUGGUCAAUCGCGACGUGAACCGCCAGCUCGACAUCAACCUAGACAUCACUUUCCCCGAUGUCCCGUGCGGUGUCAUGUCCUUGGACAUUUUGGACAUGACUGGAGACUUGCACUUGGACAUUGUGGAAUCGGGCUUUGAGAUGUUCCGCGUGCUUCCGCUGGGUGAGGAGAUCAGCGACGAUUUGCCGCUUCUUUCCGGUGCCAAGAAGUUUGAAGAUGUGUGUGGGCCCUUAACCGAGGACGAAAUCAGCAGAGGUGUCCCAUGUGGCCCAUGCUACGGUGCCGUGGACCAGACCGAUAACAAACGCUGUUGCAACACAUGCGAGGCUGUUCGCAUGGCUUACGCUGUGCAAGAAUGGGGCUUUUUCGACGGAUCCAACAUCGAGCAGUGCGAGCGUGAAGGUUAUGUGGAGAAAAUGGUGUCUCGUAUCAACAACAACGAGGGCUGCCGCAUCAAGGGCUCAGCGAAAAUUAACCGCAUUUCGGGCAACUUGCAUUUUGCACCGGGUGUGCCAUUGUCCCGGAACGGGCGCCACCUGCACGACUUGUCGUUGUGGACUAAGUACUCCAACAAGUUUUCCAUCGACCACAAGAUCAACCACUUUUCGUUUGGAGAGGACCCAUCUGCAUCCCGCCGCUUGGCCUCCACUGACGAUAGCCAGGAGCCAUCGAUCCACCCACUUGACGGUUUCCAUUUUGACUUGAAGAAAAAGAACCAUGUGGCUCUGUACUAUUUGUCGGUUGUGUCUACGCGUUUCGAGUUUUUGGACGGCAAAAAAGAGGCUGUAGACACCAAUCAGUUUUCUGUCAUCACACAUGACAGACCAAUCGUGGGCGGACGUGAUGACGACCACCAGAAUACCAUGCAUGCACAAGGCGGAGUGCCUGGUGCGUUCUUCCACUUUGAUAUCUCGCCGAUGAAAAUCAUCAGCAGAGAGGAAUAUGCAAAGACGUGGUCUGGAUUUAUUUUGGGUGUGGUCAGCUCUAUUGCUGGUGUUCUCACUGUCGGUGCCGCUUUGGACCGCUCGGUUUGGACCGCAGAGCAAGUUUUGCGGGGAAAGAAGGAUAUGUAA